AUGACAAGUAUUUUAAAACACGCUCGUCCAACAUUCUCUGCAUAUCAUUCUGAUGAUACGACUUUUUUUUAUUCUUUCUGUUUUACCCUCCUUCCUUAUAUUCCCUUCCUUUUUUCUUCUACCCUUUUCCUUUUUCUUUUCAUUCUUCUCGUUGCCUUUUCUUUCUUUCUUUCUUUCUUUCUUUCUUUCUUUCUUUCUUAUUCUUCUCCUUAUUUCUCCUUCAGUCUCUCUUUUUCCUCCUUCCUUUUUCCAAUAUCCUCUAUUUCUCUUUCAGUUUUUUUGAAUCUCCUUCCUGCCUUCACUCUUUCAUUCAUUAUUUUUCAGAUUUCCUUUCUUUCUCUCCUAUUCUCGCAUUCCGCCAUUUUCUCUUUAUCAUUUCCUUCUUUCUUUCCUAACUUUUUCAAUUUUCUAUCUUCCUUCCUUCCUUCCUUCCUUCCUUCCUUCCUUCCUUCCUUCUGCUUUCCUUCGCUAUCCUCCUUGACAUUUCAAUCUCACUCCAUUAUUUCUCAUCUUUUAUUUUUCAUUUUCCUUUCAUGUUUUCCUUUUACUUCUCUCUAUUCAUGUUAUUUUUCCCCUCAGCCUAUCUUUCAUUCUCUCUUUCUAUUUUUAUUUACCUUCUUUACUUUCCUUCUUUUUUUUGUCUUCUUUCAUACAUUUCCAAGUUCAUUCCUUCCUUCCUUCCACAUUUUUUUCUGCCUUUUCCUCCAGAUCCUUUUUCUUUCUUUCUUUCUUUCUUUCUUUCUUUCUUUCUUUCUUUCUUUCUUUGUCAUUCCUUCAUUUCCAUGUAUCCUUGUACUCUUUUUUUUCUUGCAUUUUUUCUUUCCGUGA